AUGAGCAUUUCAUCAAAAUUUGCUUUAGCUAAUUCAGACCAAGGUACAAGUGAAAAUAUUCCUUCAAUUGAAGUUGUUGGUAAUAAAUUUUUCUACAAAGGUAAUGGUACUCAAUUCUAUAUCAAAGGUGUUGCUUACCAACAAGAUACUGCAAACUCAACAGAUGAUUCAUUCGUUGAUCCUUUAGCUGAUUCAGAUGCUUGUAAAAGAGAUUUACCUUAUUUAUUGGAAUUAAACACCAAUGUUUUGAGAGUUUAUGCUGUUAACACUACUGUUGAUCAUAGUGAUUGUAUGGAUAUGUUUGCUCAACAUGGUAUUUACAUUAUUGCUGAUUUGUCUGAACCAUCAACUUCAAUCAAUAGAGAUAGUCCAGAAUGGAACUUGGAAUUAUACAAACGUUAUACUGAUGUUGUUGACUCUUUAAACAAUUAUACAAAUGUCCUUGGUUUCUUUGCUGGUAAUGAAGUUACAAACAACAAGACCAAUUCAGAUGCUUCAGCUUUUGUCAAAGCCGCUGUCAGAGACACAAAAGCUUAUAUCAAAGAACAAGGUUACAGAGAUAUUCCAGUUGGUUAUUCUUCAAAUGAUGAUUCAGAUACUAGAAUUGCCAUUGCUGAUUAUUUCUCUUGUGGUGAUGAUGAUGAAAAAGCUGAUUUCUAUGGUAUCAACAUGUAUGAAUGGUGUGGUAACUCAACUUUUGAAAAAUCUGGUUAUGAAGCAAGAACUGAAGAAUUCAAAAACUUGUCAAUUCCAAUCUUCUUUUCAGAAUAUGGUUGUAAUGAAGUUAAACCAAGAGAAUUUACAGAUGUUGCCACUUUAUACUCUGAUAAAAUGACUGAUGUUUGGUCUGGUGGUAUUGUCUACAUGUAUUUCCAAGAAGAUAAUGAUUAUGGUUUAGUUAAAGUUAAAGGUGAUGAUGUUUCCACUUUGGAAGAUUUCAACUAUUUGAAGAGUGAAUUGGCUAGUAUUUCUCCAUCAUCUGCUAAAACUUCAGAAGUUUCAGCAACUUCAUUAUCUUGUCCAUCUCAAGCAAAUACUUGGAGAGCUGCUACUGAAUUGCCACCAACUCCUCAAGAAGGUGUUUGUUCUUGUUUAUCAGAAUCUUUAUCUUGUGUCUUGUCAAGUAAAGUUGAAAAAGAAGAUUUUGGUGAUUUAUACGGUACUGUUUGUGGUGAAAUUGAUUGUUCAGGUAUAACUGCAAAUGGUUCAUCUGGUCAUUAUGGUACUUACUCUUAUUGUGAUGAUGAAACUAAAUUAUCCUUCUUGUUGAAUGAAUACUAUAAACAAAAUGGUGAAAAAGCUUCAGCUUGUUCAUUUGAUGGUUCUGCUUCAUUAAACUCUGGUGCUUCAACUGCUUCAUCUUGUUCAAGUGUCUUGAGUGCUGCCUCAGCUUCUCAAUCACAAUCUGGUGGCUCUGGUGGUUCAAGUGGUUCUGGUUCUUCUGGUUCUUCAGGUUCAAGCUCAAGUGGUGGUUCAUCAAGUUCAUCAUCUGGUUCAAGAAACAGUGGAUCUUCAGCUCAUGUCGUUAGACCAUCUAUUGACAAUGCUCAAUUAUUCUUCUUAACAACCACAAUUACCUUCUUCUUUGGUGGUUUAGGUUUUGUUUUGUUAUGA